AUGGCGGCCGGCGGCGGCGCCGAGGAGAUAUGGGUGCCCGUCACCAUCCACCUGCCGAUGGGCAUCGCCAAGGGCUGGCACCCCGGCGCCUGCGGGCCGGCGACGUUCAUGUGCGGGCCGUACAUGAUCAUCCUGCUGGCGCAGCUGGGCCAGACGGUGCUGGUGCCGGUGCUUCCCUUCCUAGUGCGCGAGAUGGGCUACUCCCGCUCCGCCUACGGCGUCCUCCAGUCCGCCACCUGGAUGAGCCAGACGAUCCUCUCGCCGCUGCUCGGCGCGCUCUCCGACUCGCUCGGCCGGCGGAACGUCAUCUUCGUGUCGCUGCUGGUGUCUGCAGCGGGCUGCCUGCUGCUCGGCCUCUCCUCCUCCUACCCGAUGAUGCUCGCCGCGCGCGUCAUCACCGGAUCCGGCUUCCAGAUCGCCCUGUUCCGCGCGUACUUUGCUGACACUACCAGUAAGGACAAGCGGACGGGCAGCAAGCUGCCGCAUGAUGGUCGCCUCACCGACGCGCUGAGGCUGACGCAUGCCCGCGCUCUCAUCCUCGGCCCUCUCAUUGGCGGCGCCGUCUCGGAGUUUGCGCCGGCGCUGCUGCAAGGCGCGGGAUAUGGGGAGAGAUGGGGAGAUAUGGGGAGAUGCGCGACGGCGCUCGGCGGCAAGCGCGUGUGCGCGCUGGUCGCUUGCGCAAUCUUCAUCUCCGGGGCUCUAGUGUGCGCGCUCUGGCAGCCGGACGAGAAGUGCCUCGGCAGCUCCGACUCGGUGGUGAGGCUGAUCGACUCUCGCCUCUCGCGGCAGUCGUCUUCCGCAAACCUCUCCAGGCAGCCCUCGGCAGCCAGCCCCACGCCCCCAGUGCAGAUGGAGCGGUCGACGGGCGAGGGCGGAAGCGGCGGCGGCGGAGGCGGCAAAGGUGGCGGAGGCAGCGGCGGCGGCGGCGGCGGCGGCGGCGGCGGCGGUGGUGGCGGCGGCGGCGGCGGUGGUGGUGGUGGUGGAGGAGGAGGAGGCACUGGCGUUGCGCAUCGACCCGGCGGCCACAAGUACGACCACGGCGUCAAGCUAAGCUACCUCGCAAAGUUCAACGUGGUGCCGCUGCUCGCGCUCAACUUCUUCUUCCGCUUCGCCUUCGCGGCGUACAAGUCCAACUUCCCGUACCUGUCCAACUUCCCGUACCUGUGCGAGGAGGCGCUCGACUUUGGGCCAAAGGAGGUUGGGUUCGCCGUCUCUGCGAUGGGCGUGGGAGGCAUGUUCGUGCAGGGCGUGCUCGUGCGCGUCAUCAACGGGUCCCUGGGCGAGCAGCGCACGCUCGUGCUGGCCAUGGCAUGCACAUCGCUCGGCUACGCGGGCCUUGCGGCCGUCGCCUCGGUCGCCUCCCUCGUCCCCUGCCUCGGACUCAUCUCGCUGGGGUACGGGCUGGCCGUGCCGUGCAUCUCGACGCUCUUCUCGCACGUGCCGGUGGAGCAAGGGGUGAUGCAGGGCCUGGCCGGCUCCAUCGACCGGUUCGGGCAGGUCUUUGGGCCUGUGGUUGGCGGGUGGCUGCUCGAGGAGGCGGGGAUGGAGACGUUGAUGGUCUCCACCGGCGCUUGCGGCUGCCUCGCGAUCGUCUCCGCCGUCUGCCUCUGCCUCGUCGUCGACGAGACUUCGGCGUGGGUGCGGCGGCGUGGCGCGUGCGGCGCGGCCGUCGACUGCGCGUGCGCGGCGCUGCUCUGCCAGUGGUCUCGGCUGCCGCUGUUUGGCCCUUCGUACACCGAGGUUCCAUCGGAGGAGGACGAGGAGGGCGGCGAGGGGACGGCGCUGCUGCAGGACUCGCAGCGGGAGGGCAGCGAGGGCGGAGGGUCGCCGCGCGCGUCUGCGAGGUCUCCCGACAAGCGGCUCCUGCCGCCGCCGCCUCGGCCGACGUCGCCGGAGACGGCGGCGGAGGUGCCGCCGGGGUUUUGUGUUGGCGUCGCCGCCGUAGCCGCCGCCGCCGUCGCCGCAACCUUCUAG